CCCAUAUGUCUUUAUAUAGUGUAAACACACGAGGGGACAGUCCUGGCUGUGCGUCCACUCCGCUGAGCCCUCCGCUUUUUCUGCAGCAUCUUCCGCCUCUGAAAGCCAUGGCCGCGCCGAGCCAUCUCCUCUCGCUCUUGCUGGGGCUCCUGGCGGGGAGCCUCACAGCCGAGGCGACCUACUACCGGCCCCACCGCUACUUCCCGCACUUCAUCCGCUUCCGCCAGCCUCCUUCCAACAUGGAAAACCACCUCCCGGAGGUCGUGAACGCGGCGCCCAGAGCCCCGCAUCCCGGCGUGCCGAGGUACCCCGUCAUUCCCCAGGUCCUCCACUCUACACCCGAAGACAUCCAGAGCUUACCGGAGGCUUACCACGCGGAGCCCAAAGUCGACGUGACCCGGGUCUUCUACGGCGUCAUGUUCGACGCGGGCAGCACCGGCACCAGGAUCCACAUCUAUAAAUUCAUUCAGAAAGACCCAGUUGAGCUGCCAGUUCUGGACAAUGAAAUGUACCAUGCAGUGAAACCUGGACUUUCUGCUUAUAAAGACAACCCUGAGGAGGGUGGCAACACGGUGCGUCAGUUGCUGAAGAUAGCCAAGAAGACUGUGCCAGAGGAGGAGUGGAAAAGGACCCCGGUGGUCCUGAAGGCCACGGCGGGCCUGCGCCUGCUGCCUGAGGACAAAGCCAUCCAUCUUUUGAAUGAGGUGCGACACGCUUUUCAAGAGUCUCCCUUCUAUGUGCCACGCAACAGUGUCACCAUUAUGAAUGGAACAAAUGAAGGAGUCCUGGCCUGGGUCACAGUGAACUUCCUAACAGGCCACUUGUAUUCGAACACAAGGAGGACAGUGGGCAUCCUGGACUUGGGAGGAGGCUCUACACAGAUCACCUUCCUUCCAAAGUCAAAGAAAACAGUUCAAUCUGCUCCCCAUAGUUACAUCGCCAGAUUCAACUUGUUCAACAAUACGUAUCAGCUCUACACACACAGCUACCUUGGAAAUGGACUGUACGCGGCUCGAUUGGCAACUCUCGGAGCACUGGGAGCUGACGGUCUCGAUUGGAAAGUCUUUACGAGUUCCUGCCUACCAAAGAAAUUCCGAGAAAAUGUGACUUUUGGUGGAACCACUUACAAAGUCAGCGGAGUUCCAGAUGGCUAUGCAGGCUACAAGCUGUGCUACUACGAGGUGAUGAGGGUGAUCAAGGGAAUCGUGCAUCAGCCUUAUGAGGUGAAAGGCAGCAGCGUGUUCUAUGCUUUCUCCUACUACUUCGACAGAGCUGUGGAGUCUGGCCUCAUUGAUGGCAGCCGAGGUGGCGCAAUCGAAGUCAAGGACUUUAAGAAGCGAGCCAAAGACGUGUGCAACAAAAUGACCAAAUACCGUGCCGUCAGCCCCUUCCUGUGCAUGGACAUGACGUACAUCACCUGCUUGCUGAAGGAGGGCUUUGGCUUCAAGGACAACACAGUGCUGCAGCUGGCCAAAAAGGUGAACAACGUGGAGACCAGUUGGGCCCUGGGCGCCACCUUUGACUACUUUAAGAACCUCAACAUCCACUAA